UGGCCCAGGCAUGUUUCUUGGUACAGGUGCAUUUACAAUGGGUUCAAAAAAAAUCCAACUUUAAUUUUGUGUUAAAUUAGGGAAUGUUUCUAAAAUUCAGGGAUCUUGUUGCAAAACUAAAUGAUGAGGCUGGCCUGGUCUGAUUGCGCAUCCACCAAAACGGGCUCUGACUGAGUCUGAACAGUAGGGUCAGUUAGUUUUGGCUAGGACUGUAUAUUUAUAUGAUAUAGCUAAUGACAUAUAUAUCUUGGGAGUUGUUUCACGGUGAUCUUGGUAGUAGUGAGAAAAGCUCACCUAACCAAAGAUAUCUUGACGCUAAAACCAUCUCCAACCCAUUUCUAUAAUAGAAAUCUCUAAAAUAAAAAAAAAAAUAGAGAUAGUGUUUUUGUUCCAAUGUGUUCUUCAAUGCUAUAUUUGUCUCUAUAAAUAGAGGAAUGCAAUUAAAUAGUUAUUUGCCUCUAUUAAAUAGAGGAAUGAUAUAUUUGCCUCUAUUUGAAAUCAAACGUAAUUAUAGUAUGAUGGAGGAGAGGUCGUUGGGUGGUAAUGCGAGUUGAAAUCUAAUAAAUAUUCAGCUUAUUAAUAUGUGAAUAAGAAAAAUCGGAGCACAAAAAAAUUGUUCAUAAAAACAUGCAUGCAUGUGGUUAGUGCAACUUGCACUUAUUACACUCUGGAUCUGGACCGUACACUGGUAGGAAAAGACCAUUUUACUACUUGGAUCUUUAAGAAUAAUAAUAAUAAAUAAAAAUCAUAGCAAGAGGAAAAUAUUUGCAUAAUAUUAUCGCAAAGGAAAGGAGGAAGCAUAACCAAAAAAAAAAGCAAUGGAGUUAGCUGAUCGUUGUAUUCAAGCAAAAGCUUUCGACCAGACCAAAGCCGGAGUGAAAGGUCUUGCGGAUUCAGGAAUCACAGAGAUUCCUGCCAUGUUCCAUGCACCUCUCUCUGCUUUAACAAGCCUGAAACCACCACCUUCGCAGCUAACUAUCCCUACUGUCGAUCUUAACGGAGGAAGCUUGUGUUCCAAGAAACAAGACAUGCGGAGAAGGAGCGUGGUUGAGAAGAUCGGAGAAGCAUCUGAGAAAUGGGGAUUCUUCCAGGUGAUCAACCACGGGAUACAACUCGAGGUGUUGGAGAGGAUGCUCCAAGGGAUCCGUGCGUUUCAUGAGCAAGACUCGGAAGCUAAGAAACGGUUCUACACUCGUGAUUUCAGUAGCGACACUUAUUACGCAAGUAACUUUGAUCUCUACACUUCUCAGGGUGCAAGUUGGAGAGACACUGUGGGUUGUUAUACGGCCCCUGAUCCUCCUAGACUAGAGGAUUUGCCUGCGGUUUGUGGGGAGAUUAUGAUGGAGUUCUCAAAACACAUGAAAGCUUUAGGUGAACUGCUCUUUGAGCUUCUGUCAGAGGCUUUAGGGUUAAACUCAAAUCACCUCAAGGACAUUGAUUGCGCCAAGUCUCAAGUGAUGUUUUGCCAAUACUACCCACCUUGCCCUCAGCCUAACCUAACUUUAGGCUUAAGCAAGCACACCGAUUUUUCGUUUCUCACCGUUCUACUUCAGGACAACAUUGGAGGGCUUCAAGUUCUCCGUGACCAAACCUGGAUUGAUGUCCCUCCUGUCCCUGGAGCUCUUGUCGUUAACAUUGGAGAUCUUCUCCAGCUUAUAACCAAUGACAAGUUCAUAAGCGCUGAGCAUAGAGUGGUAGCGAAUGGAUCUACUGAACCGCGUAUUUCAGCGCCAUGUUUCUUCAGCACGUUUAUGAAGGCGAAUCCUCAUGUCUACGGGCCCAUCAAAGAGCUUCUGUCUGAAGAAAACCCUGCCAAGUACAGGGAAUUAACCAUCAACGAGUUCGCAGAUAUCUUCAGGUCAAAAACGAUCAGUACUCCUGCGUUACAUCACUUUAGGAUCUAAGACAUGUUGUGAAUCAGUAUCUUCUUUGACAAACUCAUGUUUUGUCGCACUAUUCAGUAUUUGUCGUUACACUGUGUCAUUUGUACGACAUAAUAAUAAUAAUCAUGCACAACUUGUUUUUCAUCUCA